GUUUACAAUUGUGCGCGCGAUGUGUAAUUAUUAUAUGUACUUGUGACAAACAAUGAUACAGAUUCUUCUUCUCUCAGUGACCAAGAAAGUGAUUUCAUUUGUAGACGUAUGAAAAUAAAAUACAGUUUCAAUCAUGGCUCCGCCGGAUUUAAUAGACUUGAGAAGUCCUGAUGGAUCGCAAAAUCCCAGGAUCGUUAUUGAAAAUGUAGACGCGAACAAACAUGAAUCCGACAGCGAGGAUGUUUUUAUGACACCAUUAAAUUCCUUGUACAUCGACGAAGAAGCGUUUUAUUCCACUCUUCCUGAAGAAACCGAUGUAGUUCCUCCUGCAAGUGCUGACACGUCUGGUGAGAUCGAGCAGUGUCUCAUGGAAUUAGAUAACUAUCUCCAAAGUUUAGAUAACGACGAACCUGCAGGUAAUGUCAAUCAAGGUUUCGUUUUGGAUGAAACCAGACCUGUGCGACCCGAAAGACGGAGACCGGCGUCUGCUGGUCGAGAAUCUAGGAAUUUUUGCAGAAGGAAUCCUUUGAGAUCAACGUGGACGGCUCCUAAUGAUAGGUUGACAGGAUCGGAUCAGGAUUUGCAUGUGUCUAGUAGGAGGGAUUGGAGUUGGAUUCAGGACGUGGCUGUGCCAGACGUUGUGGCGCAAGCCUGGUUGAGGAGGUCGAUGAGGAGGGCGCAACCUAUUGUUCUUCAGGAGGACGAACCAGUAUCCAAUUUGCUAUCUAUCAACCCAACGACAAGAACCAAUAGUAGGCCUAUGAGUGCUCCAGUUCAAGUUAACAGUAAUUCCUUAGUAGCAACAGCAAUUGGCCAAAGGCCGAGAAGUAGUUCGGCGUCAAGUAGAUCGAGAAGAGCAGCAAGUUUAUCUUCGACAGACACCGGCAGCGACACCAGCGUCGAAAGCAGUUGUGCAGAUUCUGUAGAUCAAUCAGGUUAUUUACUUUCGCGUCUUAGAAAUAAAAGUUGUAUGGAGGAGUUGGACAAUUUAUUUACAGAACUUUUAGCAAAUAUUACUCAAUUGGUUCUUCAACCGACAUUACUUGUGAAAUCUUAUACACAAUUAGAACUAAUGUGCUUUAUAGAUGGCAACCCAAAUGGUGGUCCUAUCUGUAUGCGCUAA